ACGCAAGUAAAUUACAGCUUCAUAGCUCUAAAACCAUUGGACUCGGAUUUAGAAGCGUGCAUAGACGGAUGUUGGAUAAACCCGGCUGAAAGCUUUGAGGCAAGUCAUGAAUAUUUAUUAUAAUAUACACAUUACACAUCUAUCCCAGAGGUGAAUUGCCUGUUAAGAGUAAAAAGGAUUGUGACAAAGCCAGUCCAGGUAGCACUUAUUAGAUACAUUAGCACUACAUGUCUUCCACGUAUAAAGGUUUCUACAAUCAGCCUAACUAUCGCCUGGGAUCGAGGAUCGAGGAGACUUAUUACUAUCCUGCGCGGCUGUCAUAUUUUUCGCAUCUACCUUAAUCUAUAAAGUGCAAAAAAGCAAAACAUUGAUAAGCAUUCGUGAAGUUAAAUCCAGGACGAGCUUGACCUCCGAUGUCAUGUGUUGACAAAGCUUAGUUAUUUUUUUCAAGCCUCUCACGGUUCAUAAUUUCUGAAUAAUCUUUUAUAAAAUGACAUUCUUUUACUCGAUAAAAAUGGAAACAGGAAAAUGAUACCACUCACCAAAAACAUGAUCAACCUAAGGUGCCAACAGGACAAUAAAUAUCGUGCAAAACAAUUUCAAUGUUCGUUUUACAUUUUAUUCGACUUCAUGCUGUUGAUUAUGAUCGAGUAUAUACGCGCGCUGGGAUUUGUCAAAUCACAGACCACCACAUCGCCUAUUAGAUGUUAGCAUAACACAUUUAACUGUUAUCAUGACACUUCAAUGUGACGGUAGGUAUAUGGAAGAGAAGCCUGAUCUUGGAAUCCUUAAUAUGGCUUACUAACUGCAUGACUCAUUAUUCUUACUGCCAAACUUCCACGCAUCGAUUCUUAAACGACAGUGAGCAGCAUCGGAGCACUGCUGGCUCGCUGCCAGAAGACCAGAACCAAUGCUAUCAUCACAAUGAUAAAGCACCGCAAAACUGGCUCCUUGCGCUAUUCCAUGCCGCCGGAUUAGGCUCGUCGUCCCUGCCGAGUAUAAAAGUCCACCAGUGGUCUCUUCUAUCAUCAGUGAUCAUCGAAUCGCGGAAAUCACCACCAUGAAAUUCUUCCUGCUGGCUUCUCUGGUGGUGCUGGCGGCCGCCCGGCCCCAGGACCUGGAGCCCCAGUUCAAGACCCUGGAAGAUGCCGGCAUCCUGCGCAUGGACUCGACCAUGAACGAGGACGGCUCGUUCCAGUACGGCUUCGAGACCACCGACCCGAUCCAGCAGGACGUGGCCGGACAGCCCAAACAAAUCGGAGAGGAGAUCGGCAUCGUCAUGCAGGGAUCCUACAGCUUCCAGACUCCUGACGGUCAGACCAUCACCGUCAACUGGGUGGCCGACGAGAACGGCUUCCAGCCGCAGGGCGACGCCAUUCCACAGGGCAUCAAUGCCCAGGCACCGGUGCUGUCUUCAGAGGAGUUCAAGUAGUGGCGUCUGAGAGCGCCUGAUGAUAUUGUCACCAUGACUGCACAAUGAAAAAUACACUGUUUUUGAGCUCA